GGUAGGGGAGACAAUUCUGGCGCAAUGUACACUCCGAAGCAGCAGGUGGCGCAAAUCAAAGAUAUGUUAACCUCUUCGCAAAUAAAGCAAAAUACCAAAGAAGUAGUAUUUUUAUUCGAGGGAUAGUGAAUGGGACUAAAAGCUGUGUAAAAGCAAUUAUACUGAUAUACUUUACAAGAUACUGGAGUUUGGAGUUAUUACGGCGCAGAUACUGUCCCGGUGAAGGUAGGAAUAUUUUAUUUGUUGUACAAUAACUAUGGUUACCUGUCAUCUCUUUCGUCACGCAGCUAUGUUCCUCACGUAGCAAAUGUUUGCUAAUAAUUGUAGAUGUUUUUGACGACAACAAGACUCUUAGGAGAUGAUAAAUCGGUAGCUGUUAUGCUACGGCUUAUCAUUUCUGUACGGAUUUAUGGUGCUGUAUAUUUAUUUUUGGUUAAAUACGUUGCUUGCUUAACCGUGCAGUCGUUCGACGACAUUUUGUCGGUUAGCUAGCGAGGCUAACUAAUUAGCCGGCUGUGUUCAUGGCGGCUAGUAGUCGCUGGUUAGCCACCUAGCUAACAGAUUUCGCCGGUGUGCGUUACGGAAAUUUUGGUGCUUUUCUUUAACGUUUCGUGCCACGUGAGACGACUGCAAGGUGCUCGUCAACGCGUUAACGGGCCUGGGACAGUACACACAAACACUGACAAACUUAAACAUACAAACCAGUUUAAACACAACGUAAAGAGAGGAAAAAAACGAACCAGGCUUUAAGAUUGAGCCGAGUAUUUGCGCCAUGUCUCGGAGGAGGAGCCGCAGUGCAAGCCCCGCCCACCAUACCACCAACAGCAAUGACCCUCGCGACCUGGAAAGGAGGAUUUUUGUGGGGAAUUUGCCAACAACUCUCAUGGACAGGAAGGACUUGGAGGAUCUGUUCAGUCCAUAUGGGAAGAUAAAUGCCCUGUCCAUGUUCCGUGGGUAUGGAUUUGUGCAGUUUGAGCGAGCCGAGGAGGCGGAGGCAGCAAAGGCGGGACAAAACGGUCGCUUUUAUAGAGGGUAUAAACUAGAUAUUAAUAUGGCAGCGGAGCGACGACAGAGUAAAGCUCACUCCCGGCAGAGUCCUCCAAGAAGGCACCCGUAUGGUGGCUAUGGGGAGAGCCGGGAGCCUCGAGCCCGCACUCGCUCCCCUAUACAUGGCCGUGAUGUGCGUGACCACAGGGAGCCUGGCCGGGAGCCGCGGCUUGGCCACCCGCGAGAACAUGUGCCCCGAGACCCGGACUUCGACCGCUACCGUCCCUCCGAGGGCAGGGAGAAGGACCCCAGAGCCGAUCCAGGCUUUCGGGAUGAUGGUUAUGACCGAUACUACAGAAUUGAUGAUUAUUACCGAAAGAAAGAGGACCCCUAUGGGGAGAGAUACAGGGACCCUUGGAAUGGCAGGCGGGAGCACGAAGACGACCGGCCAAGAAUGGAGGAGCGGCGACGGAAUGAGCUCUACCGACAGUAUUAUGAGGAGCUCCAGAGACGCUACGACUCCGAGCGGCCCGUGGAUUGCUCGGUGAUCGUGGUGAACAAGCAGCAAAAGGAGUACGCCGAGACGGUGGGCCGGAAGGUGCGCGACCUGGGCAUGGUGGUGGACCUGAUCUUCCUGAACACGGAGGUGUCACUGACGCAGGCCCUGGAGGAUGUGGGCCGGGCACGCACACCCUUCGCCAUCAUCAUCACGCAGCAGCACCAGGUGCACCGUUCCUGUACUGUCAACAUCCUGUUCGGCACGCCGCAAGAGCAUCGCAAUAUGCCUAUGCAGGACGCUAUGGUGCUUGUGGCGCGGAAUUAUGACCUGUUCAAGGCAGAACACAAGGAUAAGGAGCGAGAAGAGAUCGCCCACAAGGCCGCCAAGAUGGCGGAUGACGUGCUGAUGCGGGAGCAUGAGCGUGAAGGCCACCCCAUCUCCCUUCAGCCAGUCAUUACCCUGUUGGCAGAGAGCAGGUUUCUUACUUUGGAAGAGUUGGAUAGACUGAUUGACUAUCUGAGGGAUAAGAGAGACCGUCUGGUGAGGAGCAGCGGUGAUCCACAUGCAGGGUCCCACCAACCUGUGGCAACAGUCUCCCCGCUGGAGCCGCCCCAUCCGCCGGCGCCGACCCUUUCCAGUGGGCCUCACAGUGUACAUGGUUCCCAUACGACCCACUCUUCCCAUACUGUCACCCCAGGCCAUACCCCUCAUUCUUCUCAUACAGUCCAUUCAGCUCAUGCGGUCCACCCGGCUCCCCCGACCCACCUGACCCCACAGACCCACAUGGUGCCAUCCUCAGUCUCCAACCCUCCUCCACCAUCCAGCCAUCAGCAAGAGCUGCAGGCCAAGAUCCUCAGCUUGUUCAACAGCGGAUCCGGCGCCGCUGCCGCUAACAGCAGCGUGGCUUCCCAGUGUCAAGCAUACGGCAGUCCUGCUGUCAACCAAGCCACCAGUCUUCCCCCUGCACUGGGGCCCUCCACCCUUCCUAAAAUACAGCAGCCCCCCACUCAGAGCUCUGGCAUGAUGGCCCCUCGACCGGCACUGCGACUGCCGGGGAUGCUACCCAGUGUUGCCCCCGCACAGUAUGGUCCCCCAAGCCGCAUGUCCACCCCAAUAGGAGUGCAGAGGCCGCCCACAGCUGGCACUGGGAUCAACUUUGACAACCCAAGUGUACAGAAAGCCCUGGACACUCUGAUUCAAAGUGGACCUUCCAUCAACCACCUAGUAAAUGCAGGCAACGUCCAAACCCAAGGCAUUGGUCAACCGGCGACGUUGGCCCUAUACCCACGCCACUACUGAGUCUACUAAUGUACUCUUCCUUUAGUUUUUACAGAUAAUAGUUUGUAAAAUAGUGAGAUCUUUGAUAUGAAAGUGUGUGUGAAGUCCAAGCUAUUUUGGGGGAUGGGGGGGGGGAGGGGGGAUUUGUCCCUGCAUUUAGAUGUCCCCUCCCCCCUUCAAAAUUUUGGUGUUGCGUUUUGUGUACCUUUUGGUCAUGUUUGUGUAGUCAACUCUGUUGUUGUAACUAUUUCAUUUUACCAGUUGUGGUUGAUUUAAGGAAGUUGUGUUCCACAUUGCAUGCUUGAAUGUAGCCUUUGUCCAAACUGCCUGGAAUUUGGAAGAUGCGGUUUUGAGUGUUGGACAUCGCCGGUACUGUAAAUUGUUUUAUACAGUCAUUUUGCUAUUGUGUAUAUAGACUCUUGGCUAUAUGUUGCUUAAAUAAACUAAUUCCAGGUUUCUCAUU